AUGCAAUGCAAAACCGCCGCCAACGGGACCGGGGAGGUGGAUUGCUUGAAGGAAGGCAGGAAGGUGACGCGGUGUGCGGCGGGCGUGUUGGAGGAUGUGAAUAAGAGUUGUUUGGAGGAGUUCCGGAAGCAUUGGAGUUGUUUGGAUGAUAACAAUCAGCAGCUUUGGCAGUGUCGGAGGUGGGAGCGGCCGUUGAAUGCGUGUGUUUUUGAGAAGUUGAACAUCGAGAAGAAGAUCCCAGGCGCGCCGGAGAACGAGACACCCGUGCAUCUGCGCAAGAGGCAGAUCUUCGCGCACUCGAUCACCACCCAAUAA